AUGGCCAGGGCGCACGAGCAGCCCGAGGACGCAGAGUCCCCCGCUGCACGGAGGUUCGCGGGGUCCCGGGGUGGGGUGGGCACACGGGGCACCGGGCCUGGCGCAGGUCCAAGGGGGCGCCAGACGAGGCGCGGACUGACACAGCGAGGCGCCACGAGUAUGAAAGGCGCCCGGCUGAGGCCGCCGGGCCGGAGGGGGGCGGCCGUUCUGCUGACACGCUGCCGCUAUCAACGUCUAUUCAUCUCGAAAUGGGCCCGGGGGGAAGGCGGGGGCCGAUCUGGAGAUGGCCCCCGGGCGCUGGGCUGGAGGCGGGCGCGGCUGGGAGGUGGCCCCUGGGCGCCCGUUCCCCUAUGGUUGAAUAGAAGCCCCUCUGGCCCCCACAAAAGAGAGCUCCGCCGGCCGGCGGGCGGGAAGGGUGGCUUCUCCGAGACCCCAGAAACUUCCCUUGCCUGCCUGCCACCAAGAGGAGCUGCCAUGGCGAUGNNNUUCAUCGGCAACAGCACGGCCAUCCAGGAGCUGUUCAAGCGCAUCUCGGAGCAGUUCACCGCCAUGUUCCGGCGCAAGGCCUUCCUGCACUGGUACACGGGCGAGGGCAUGGACGAGAUGGAGUUCACCGAGGCCGAGAGCAACAUGAACGACCUGGUGUCCGAGUACCAGCAGUACCAGGACGCCACGGCCGAGGAGGAGGGCGAGUUUGAGGAGGAGGCUGAGGAGGAGGUGGCCUAG